GCGUGUCAACCAACCCGUAAUAAUAUGCAUUGCCGUACAACGCGAUAAUAAUAAUAAUAAUGUACACGCGUACGCCUCUACGCGCGCAAUGUCGUCACAUACGGUUUUUUCUUCGCCGCCGUCCGGCCGUCGUCGCCGCCGCGUCAUGAUAACGCAAUAAUAACUUGUAUCCCGCACCGCUCACGUCAAUGUUAUCGCGUGCCUACGGUAUUCGCUCGUACGCGUCGCGCAGUCCGCGGUAAACGGAGUUCGUAAGUGGGUGUUUUCGUGAUAAUCGUCCGCGCGGUUACAAAACGUGUGGUGCGUAGGUCCGAUGAAGAUAAAAACGAAAAAAAAAUAAACAAACGUGAGACGGUCGAAUCGAAAUCGUCCGGUGUUGCGGUCGAUUGCUUUUCUUCUUCUCUUUAUUAUUAUUGUUAUUAUUGUUAUGCCGUUCGCGCGCCCACCAGAUUUCUCGACAAACGACCGCGAUCUCGGUUUUCCGUUGGACGUCAUCGUUGUCAUCGCGCGCGGUUGAUAAAAUCCACCGUCGAAACGCACCCCCGCCCAGUGACCGGGUUUAGCGCUGCUGAGCUUAGAACCGCUUAUCAAGAGCACCCGGUGAGAAGACGUCGCGUCGCGGUUCUCACGUCCUCGCUCCGUUCGCCGUCGGGUUUCGUACCGGAUUCGCGAUGAGGAAGCUCAGCGUUAACGAGCCGAAAACGGAUGUGCGUUUGAACGUUUUUGAUCGUCGUCUAACGAUCCCAUCGUCGUCAUGUCUGAUUUACCGAACAGCUUAUGGGCUCAUCCGCCGUUGCCGCCCGGUAAACGGAUAUUAGAUCGUUCGACUUCGGAGGACAGGAAAUCCACUACCUUCGGGUUCAUGCGGAAAUUCCCGUCCGUACGUCGCAACGGUGGCAAGAAGGACACCGCCAUGGAUACCACGUACGAAAGUUUCGACAGUCUAUUCGACGACAACGACAUCGUGCUGGUCGGGACCGAGUACGUGGACGAUUCGGUCCGGAGCAAACGACCGUUCGCGUCGUCCAUGUUCAGAAGCCGAUCCGACGGCAACCUAGCCGGGUCUCCGUCCAUGCACGGCUCGUACCGCGAGCCGGCGGAACCCAAAGGGUUUACCAAGUAUUUGAGAGUGCUGAGCGGAAGUUGGAAAAAUCUGUUGAACAUUAGCAGUAUGAAUAAAACCCAGAAGAAUGUUCCUCAAGUCAAGAAAGUCCCUCCGCCAGCCAUUCCAGAUUCAAUUGCAUGCCGACAUUCAGGCAGUAGUUUCGGAUCUACUGGAUAUAGUAGUUCUAGUGAUGAUGCAUUUCUUGAUCCAAAUACUUGUAUCAAACCAGAUAUUUAUGAUGCAACAGAUACUUACUGCCCUAUUGGAAAUAAAUCGCCAUCAUCACAAUUUAAUCAUCCUGCUUUUAUAUUCCCUGGUUCAACUUCGUAUCAUCAUUCCGGUGGAAAUAUGAAAAUGUAUUACCACCAACUUUCACUUCAGGAAGAUCAAGGAAUUGAUAUGACCCAAAGUCCUGGUCGUGAUAGUCCUGGUUCUUCUGGUUCUGGUUCUGGAUCUCGUCACUCAACAGCUAGUUUAGAUAGUGGUCGCGCUUCAGGGUGUCAUCUUAGAGGAAACUCUCAUUGGCCUCCAGAACUUAGUCCAUCUACUAGAGUCGAAAGACUUCUCAAUCAAGGAGUUCCUGAUAAAGAUAUAAUGUAUAGCUGGUUAGUUGAUCUUCAUUUAGAAGAGUAUUUACCAUUGUUUUUAUCAGCUGGAUAUGAUAUGAGAACAGUUUCGAAAAUGACACCAGAAGAUUUAACAGCUAUUGGUGUUAAAAAACCAAAUCAUAGGAAAAAAUUAAAAGCAGAAAUUGGCUUAUUAAAUAUAUCUGAUGGGCUGUUGGAUUAUAUUCCUGGAUCAUUGGAUGAAUGGCUUAGAUUACUACGACUUGAAGAAUAUGGAUCAGCAUUAGAAGCUCAGGGAUAUUCUACAAUAGAUGAUGUAACUCAGUUAACUUGGGAAGAUUUAGAAGAUAUUGGAAUAGUUAAACUAGGACAUCAAAAACGUUUAAUACUAGCAAUCAAACGAGUUAAAGAUAUCAAAGCUGGCAAAUCAUUUGUACCUCAUUCUCCUUAUAUUAUUCAAACUCAAGCCUGCAUCGAGUCGCCAUUAAGCAUUGUAAGCAGCAGUUCUGGAUGUGGAACAAGUAUUACAAACAUAAGUUCCGGUACUGGCAGCGUUGAACUUGAUUUGCCACGUGUGCACGCCACAUAUCACAGCUUUCAUCAACCUUGGGAAUUAGAGAGUAGCAAACAACUUUACUGUCAAACAGAUAUUGUCCCCAUCAAGUCCCUCAGACCUUCUCCGGAUUCGAACUGGACACUCGAAUUUCAGGAAUCGCUUAGAGGAACACACCGUGGUAAAUCUCUGGAAAGUUUACAUGAAAAUACUUCGACUAAUGGAGGAACUAGUAGUUUUGUUGGUCCUCCUCAAUGGAGACAUCAGCAAAAAAGUUUUGAAGAUGGUGAUUUAACACCCACAAAUGAAACGACUAUUCUUCAUGAAUGUGGUGGUACAUUACCAAGACCUAGAGGAUUAGUUAAGCCAAGACUAGUGGCUAAGAUUCCCGCUUUACUUUCUCAGCCAAAUGUAGAAGACUGUUCAGGAUUAAAUACAUUAAAACGUAGACCACCAUCACCACCCAAACGUCAACAGUCUUGUGAAGAUAAUUUAAAAUGUCAUCAAAUAACUGUUGUUGCUGAUCUACAUUGUAUUCCAGCAUUACAAUCUAAAUCUUUAAGCAAAUGGACAACAGAUAAUAUGUCUACUAAACAUAACUUAGAGGAUCAUAUUGGUUCAAAUGCAAGUUUUAAAUCAAAUUCAAGUACUGAAUCAGAUACUAUUCCAUUUGCUAAUGAAAAUGCUGGUACUAUUAAACAGAGAACCAUCAGAUCUACUAAUGAACUAAUUCAACCCAUGUCUGCUGAAGGAUCUCAUUCUAUGCAUACAACUACAAGUUAUUCAAUGCACUCGACAACUAGUCAGUUUUCUCUUAUGCCUCCCAGUGGAAAGAAAGAACCAGCAGAUGUUCUUAAUGACAUUGGAAAUAUGCUGGCCAAUUUAACUGAUGAAUUAGAUGCCAUGUUAGAAGAAGAAAAAAGACAAGGUCUCAAUGAUUAG